AUGCAUUUUACUUGGUCAUUGGUAUUCUCUGCAGUGGUAACUGUACCAUUAAUGGUGUCUGCCAUUGUAUUUCCACUUGAAAGCCCUGCAGCAGGAUCUGUUACAUCAGAUUUGUCCAAUCCAGACAAUAUUGUGUUUGGCGGCGAAGAGUUUGCAACUGCAAAUUCUUCACCUGUGCAUAGUACCGAAACUACUGUUGCAAGCGUUUCAUCAUAUACUAGCUUGAGUGCUACUCCCCAAUGGACUCCAGAAUUGGUGAUUCCUACCCCCAGCGAAGGUGAUACGUCCACAACAGUCUUGGCUGCAGCCGUUCCUUCCAAUUUAAACUUUGUGAUUUCUGCUAUCAACGACGUUCUGGGCCAUUCCAUGAAAAAAACAAUCAUGGCUAAAACGUGUUGGGAAACCACCACUGCCACAACACCGCCAUGUUCAGAACCCACUUUAAGUCCAUGGGAGCCUGUUAAGCAACAUACUAGCAAUAACGAUUAUAGUAAACACGGAAAGUACUACAAGAACAAGGAUAAAUCUUCUUAUCCCCAUCAUAAAAGGUAUCCAGUAAAACAUCAUAAAACUGGAAAGUCAAAGUAUUAUCCACCUCAUGCUCCAGUUGUGUGGAGACGAUCUGUUUCUUGCACGACAACAACGGUUGCUCCUACCACUACCACGACUACGACAAGUUUCAUUGAAAUUGUCACAAUCGCAUCUGUUCCUGGACGUGUUAUUGUCACUUCAUCACCACCAUGCUCUGAACCGCCUAUUGAAACUCCAACAACAACAGUUGCUUAUCCUCCUCCACCACCACCUACUACAACCACUACCACAACCACGACAACAACGGUUGCUCCUACCACAACAACCACAACAACGGUUGCUCCUACCACGACUACGACAAGUUUCAUUGAAAUUGUCACAAUCGCAUCUGUUCCUGGACGUGUUAUUGUCACUUCAUCACCACCAUGCUCUGAACCGCCUAUUGAAACUCCAACAACAACAGUUGCUUAUCCUCCUCCACCACCACCUACUACAACCACAACCACGACAACAACGGUUGCUCCUACCACGACUACUACGACAAGUUUCAUUGAGAUUGUCACAAUCGCAUCUGUUCCUGGACGUGUUAUUGUCACUUCAUCACCACCAUGCUCUGAACCACCUGUUGAAACUCCAACAACGACAGUUGCUUAUCCACCACCACCUACUACAACCACAACCACGACAACAACGGUUGCUCCUACCACAACAACCACAACAACGGUUGCUCCUACCACGACUACUACGACAAGUUUCAUUGAAAUUGUCACAAUCGCAUCUGUUCCUGGACGUGUUAUUGUCACUUCAUCACCACCAUGCUCUGAUCCACCUGUUGAAACUCCAACAACGACAGUUGCUUAUCCACCACCACCUACUACAACCACAACCACGACAACAACGGUUGCUCCUACCACAACAACCACAACAACGGUUGCUCCUACCACGACUACUACGACAAGUUUCAUUGAAAUUGUCACAAUCGCAUCUGUUCCUGGACGUGUUAUUGUCACUUCAUCACCACCAUGCUCUGAUCCACCUGUUGAAACUCCAACAACGACAGUUGCUUAUCCUCCACCACCACCACCUACUACAACCACGACAACUACCACAACGGUUGCACCUGUUACCACUACUAGUUUCAUUGAAAUAGUUACAAUCGCAUCUGUUCCUGAACGCGUCAUUACUCCACCACCAGUCACAACUGAUGAACCACCAUGCUCUGAUCCACCUGUUGAAACUCCAACGACAGUUGCUUAUCCUCCACCACCACCACCUACUACAACCACGACAACUACCACAACGGUUGCACCUGUUACCACUACUAGUUUCAUUGAAAUAGUUACAAUCGCAUCUGUUCCUGAACGCGUCAUUACUCCACCACCAGUCACAACUGAUGAUGAACCACCAUGCUCUGAUCCACCUGUUGAAACUCCAACGACAACAGUUGAGCCUACCACAACUGAUGAUGAACCACCAUGCUCUGAACCGCCUAUUGAAACUCCAACAACAACGGUCGAGCCUGCCACAACAACAAGUUUUAUUGAAGUAAUUACAACUGUAUUACCAACCACAACUGAUGAACCACCGCUAGAAACUGAAGUUUCCACAAUUCCUCCAAUAAUUGUUGAAACGACUGCAUCUUCAACUGAAUGGCCCGUAGUGAUGACCACAGCGGAAACUCCAACUCUCGAAUUUCCAAGUGAACCGUUAACAACAGUGAUUGCACAAGCAUCAGUUUCCGACAGUCAAGUUGAAACAACUAUUGCCUGGACACCAGUAGCUACUAUACCUAAACCAGAAUGGACUGACACUCCUAUAGAUACGUGCACACCUGAUGCCACUAACGGAUGGAGUUGUUCAAACUCUAACACAUGGACCACGGCUGCAGCACCUAAUCCCAUAACUACAACAGUAGAUCCUGUUACAACCCAAGCACCUUCUCCUACUAAUGAAGAUCCAUCCCCAAUAGUUGCAUCUGUAAUCGAAGUGAUUACUGCAGAAAACCGCGCAGUGUCUAGUCCUGUAUCGACUCCACAGUAUACACCUCUAUCGACCGCGUAUCCUGGCGAAGGCAUGAUUCUUAGCAGUGGUUUGACCCUACUUCCUAGUUCAAUGACUUUAAUGUGUGUGUUAGUGUCGCUCAUGGCAUUCCUCAUAUAAACUAUUUGAUUUGUUGAACACCAAUAGUUUCAAAUAGUGUAUAAUUCACUUUAACAGUUGUAUCUCAGCAUACAAAUGAAUCAACACAUUGCUUUCAUUCUGCAACAAUCCUAAAAUAUUUU